AUGUCUUUUGGCGUCGGCGUUGGCGAUAUCUUAGCGGUCUCGAAGCUUGCACGCAGUGUUUGGAGCCAAGUUCGAGACUCUUCCGAUCAGUUCAAUGCCAUUCGCAAUGAAGUUGCUGGUCUCCAUCUCGUUCUCGAGGAUGUUGCACAAAAUUCAUCACGGUGUCGGCUCAGCGGGAAGCAGAAAAGCGAUCUGUCAUCGUUGAUGGAAGGAACGCAGAGCCUUCUUGAAGAGAUUGCUGUCGUCCUUGAAAAGUACGAGAGUCUCGGAAAAGAAUCAUCGACGAUAGGUGCCAAGGCGGAAAAGGCCUUGAAGAAAAUACGCUGGGAUCAGGAUGCCAUCAGAGGCUUUCGCUCUCGUGUAAUCUCGAACACUACGCUGUUGGACGCUUACAACUCUAGUCUCACAAGGGAGGUAUCUCGAAGGGCGGCCGAGAGUGUGGCUACCCUGCAUGAACGUAUGGGAAGUUUACAGCUGGAUCAAGACCAACGAGAGCGGCAUGCACUGUUCGAUUGGCUGACGACCCUCAAUUUCCCUGCACAGCAGGAUGUCUUCUUCGGUAGACGGCAAGAAGGCACAGGCCAAUGGCUUCUUCAUUCAGCGGAGUUUAAGACAUGGAUGAGCACGCCAGGAAAGACGUUACUCUGCAGAGGAAUGCCAGGUGCAGGGAAGACUAUACUGGCAUCCACGGUCAUAAACCAUCUAUCAACGCUCUGCAGUGAUAAAAUCUCCGUGGCUUACAUCUACAGCGAUUACAGAAAGCAGCACGAACAGACACCUGUCAACUUGAUUGCCAGUAUUCCGAAACAGCUUCUUCAACAUCAGACAUCAAUUCCCGAAGACAUUAGGAAGUGCUAUCGCCACCACGCCAACUCCGGGACCUGCCCGAAUGCAAAGGAGAUAUACACCCUACUCCAAUCUACGAUUUCGGGGUUUUCUCAAGUCUACAUAGUCGCGGACGCAGUUGAUGAACUGUCUAUUCAAGUCCGCCAACCGUUGCUGUCGAAUUUAUGCGCGCUUCAAGAGAUCCAUACACUCAAUGUGAUGGUGACUUCACGCUUCAUUCCCCACAUAUCCCGGGAAUUGCGGGAUCCGCUGUGUCUGGAAAUCCGCGCCAACGAUGAGGAUGUUCGCAGAUUUGUGCAGGGGCAUCUCAAUGAUUUGGCUAGAUGUGCCAUGGGAAAUCCUCAGCUGCAAGAAAGCACAGUGGAUUCCAUAGUGAAUGUUGUGGAUGGCAUGUUUCUGCUGGCUCGGUUGCAUAUGGACUCAUUGACGGACAAAACGACCUCUAAAGCAUCAUGA